CCCCAACCCACAGGAGUGAUCUGAAGAUACCCAGACCCGGCCCAGCCUUCCCCACCGAGAGGCGUGGGGACAGAAAACAGCCACAACGGCAUCUGUAACCUCUGUGCUCUUCUCCUUGGCUCUUCUGAACUCUCAAUCCCAUUGAUAUUAAACGGAGGAGAGCCAUAGAACCAAGCACCAAGAAUUCAGUUCCUCUACAGAUGGGCAUCAUUAUCAUCUCUUAGCCAGCAGAAUGGAGACCAUGCCCCUAAAUUCCCAGAAGGAGCUGUCAGUGUUUAAGGCUGGAGAAGAUUGUCAGGAAAAUGGAGUUCUACAGAAGGGUGUCUCUGACUCUGGGGAUAAGGCAGAGUCUGGCCACAUCUCCAACGGGUACUCAGGGGUUCCGAGCCCCAGUGCAGGAGAUGAUACUCAGCACACCAGCCUGGCUGCCACCACUGCCCUAGUGGCUGAGGUUCAUCAAGGGGAACGGGAGACCUGGGGCAAGAAGGUGGAUUUCCUCCUCUCAGUCAUUGGCUAUGCUGUGGACUUGGGCAAUGUCUGGCGCUUUCCCUACAUAUGUUACCAGAAUGGAGGGGGGGCAUUCCUCCUCCCCUACACCAUCAUGGCCAUUUUUGGAGGGAUCCCACUCUUCUACAUGGAGCUUGCACUAGGCCAAUACCACCGGAAUGGAUGCAUUUCAAUAUGGAGGAAAAUCUGCCCAAUUUUCAAAGGUAUUGGUUAUGCCAUCUGCAUCAUUGCCUUUUACAUUGCCUCCUACUACAAUACCAUCAUGGCCUGGGCACUCUACUACCUCAUCUCCUCCUUCACGGACCAGCUGCCCUGGACCAGCUGCAAGAACUCUUGGAACACGGGCAACUGCACGAACUACUUCUCUGAGGACAACGUCACUUGGACAUUCCAUUCCACGUCCCCUGCUGAAGAAUUUUACACGCGUCAUGUCCUACAGAUCCACCGAUCUAAGGGGCUACAGGACCUGGGGGGCAUCAGCUGGCAGCUCGCCCUCUGCAUCAUGCUGAUUUUUACUGUUAUCUACUUCAGCAUCUGGAAAGGUGUCAAAACAUCUGGCAAGGUGGUAUGGGUGACAGCCACCUUCCCUUACAUCAUCCUUUCUAUCUUGCUGGUGAGGGGGGCUACUCUGCCUGGAGCCUGGAGGGGUGUUCUCUUCUAUUUGAAACCCAACUGGCAGAAACUUCUGGAGACAGGGGUGUGGGUGGAUGCUGCUGCUCAGAUCUUCUUCUCUCUCGGUCCUGGCUUUGGAGUCCUACUGGCUUUUGCUAGCUACAACAAAUUCAAUAACAACUGUUACCAAGACGCCCUGGUGACCAGUGUGGUGAACUGCAUGACAAGCUUCGUUUCAGGAUUCGUCAUCUUCACUGUGCUUGGGUAUAUGGCUGAGAUGAGGAAUGAAGAUGUGUCUGAGGUAGCAAAAGAUGCAGGCCCCAGCCUCCUCUUCAUCACAUAUGCAGAAGCAAUAGCCAACAUGCCAGCAUCCACAUUCUUUGCCAUCAUCUUCUUCCUGAUGUUAAUCACACUCGGCUUGGACAGCACAUUUGCAGGCUUGGAGGGUGUCAUCACAGCUGUGCUGGAUGAAUUUCCACAUGUCUGGUCCAAGCGCCGGGAGUGGCUUGUGCUUGGUGUGGUCAUCACCUGUUUCUGUGGAUCCCUGAUCACCCUGACUUUUGGAGGGGCCUACGUGGUGAAGCUACUGGAGGAAUAUGCCACAGGGCCUGCCGUGCUCACUGUUGCACUGAUAGAAGCAGUUGCUGUGUAUUGGUUCUAUGGCAUCACUCAGUUCUGCAGUGAUGUAAAGGAAAUGCUUGGCUUCAGCCCUGGAUGGUUUUGGAGGAUCUGCUGGGUAGCCAUCAGCCCUCUCUUUCUCCUGUUCAUCAUUUGCAGUUUUUUGAUGAGCCCACCACAGCUACGGCUUUUCCAAUAUAACUAUCCUCACUGGAGUAUUGUCCUGGGUUACUGUAUAGGAACCUCAUCUUUCAUCUGCAUCCCCACAUACAUAACUUAUCGACUGAUCAUAACUCCAGGGACAUUUAAGGAGGUAUGUGCUAGUAUGGAGGUAUGUUUUCAGACUGAUAGUUGUUUGGGAAGAAGUUUCCAUUGUUAUGCUCUAUUCAAAAAGGAUUAAGUCUACCACAUGAAA